CAGUGGCGCUGUCUUUGAACAGAAUUUUAUAAUGAUAAGCAGUAGAGAAAAACGGUGGAGAUGAUCCGUAUCCAAUGAGGUAAGAUAGAUGAAUGGAACAACAAUCUCAAGACUUGUCCUUCCAAAACAACAACAACAACAUAGUCGCUGUUUCUCAACCUCGUACGACAUAGGAACAUGCAUUACUUCCCUUCAAUCAUGUGCCCAAACCACAAACCUCUCCAAAGGCAAACAACUCCAUUCCCAUUUGAUCAAAAAUGGUUUCUUUACAUACCCACUUGUCAUCACAAGCCUAAUCAACAUGUACUCCAAAUGCACCCUCAUCAACUAUGCCUUCAGAGUCUUCAACUACCCAACCCAUCAUGACAAAAAUGUCUUUGCUUACAAUUCAAUCAUUGCUGGAUUUGUUGCAAAUGGGUUUCCCCAAUAUGGGUUUUGUCUCUAUAAGCAAAUGCGCCAUCUGGGUAGUAGUAUUGUUAUUCCUGAUAAGUUUACUUUCCCAUGUGUGAUCAGAGCUUGUGGUGAUGCUGGGGAGGAUUUUGAGGUUAAGAAGAUUCAUGGCUUGUUGUUUAAACUUGGGUUGGAAUUCGAUGUUUUCGUUGGAAGUGCUUUGGUUAAUACUUACUUGAAAUUUGGAUUGGUGGUGGAUGCUCAUGAGGUGUUUGAGGAAUUGCCUGUUAGAGAUGUUGUGCUUUGGAACUCGAUGGUCAAUGGGUAUGCACAGAUUGGGCACUUUGAAGACGCCUUGGGGAUGUUUAGGAGGAUGGUGGAAAAUGGGGUGGUUCCUUGUAGAUAUACAGUUACCGGUGUUUUGUCUAUAUAUUCUGUGGUAGGAGAUUUCGACAAUGGUCGAGGUGUUCAUGGGUUUGUGAUAAAAAUGGGUUAUGACUCCGGUGUUGUUGUUUCAAAUGCAUUGAUUGAUAUGUAUGGGAAAUGCAAAUGUGCUAGUGAUGCCUGGAAUGUAUUUGAGGUGAUGGAUGAGAAGGAUGUCUUUUCGUGGAACUCGGUCAUAUCGGUUCAUCAACGGUGUGGUGAUCAUUGGGGAACUUUGAAACUUUUUGAUAGGAUGCUAGGCAAUAGGGUUCAGCCUGAUUUGGUUACAGUUACAGCAGUACUUCCAGCUUGCACUCAUCUAGCAGCCUUGAUGCAUGGUAGAGAGAUACAUGGGUAUAUGAUUGUAAACGGGUUGGGGAAGGAAGGAAUAAACAAUGAGUUUGAUGAUGUUCUAUUGAACAAUGCUUUGAUGGACAUGUAUGCAAAAUGCGGAAAUAUGAGAGACGCUCGCAUGGUUUUUGAUAUCAUGACAGAGAAGGAUGUGGCCUCAUGGAACAUCAUGAUCACUGGUUAUGGAAUGUAUGGUUACGGCAACGAGGCGUUAGAUAUGUUUUCUCGUAUGUGUCAAGCUCAAUUGGCACCUAAUGAAAUCAGUUUUGUUGGAUUGUUGUCUGCAUGCAGUCAUGCUGGCAUGGUGAAGGAAGGGCUUGAAUUUCUAGCAGAAAUGGAUUCAAAUUAUGGCGUGUCUCCAUCCAUUGAACACUUUACCUGUGUGAUUGACAUGCUUUGUCGGGCAGGGAAGCUCAUGGAGGCUUAUGAUUUAAUGCUAACAAUGCCCUUUAAGGCUGAUCCUGUGGGAUGGAGAGCUUUGCUAGCAGCAUGCCGUAACCACAAGGAUACAGACUUGGCUGAGAUUGCAGCAAGUAAGGUGAUUGAACUUGAGCCAGAUCAUUGUGGAAAUUAUGUGUUGAUGUCAAAUGUUUAUGGAGUGGUUGGUCGAUAUGAAGAAGUAUCUGGGAUGAGAGACACAAUGAGGCAACAAAAUGUGAAGAAGAGACCAGGUUGUAGCUGGAUUGAACUCAUGAACGGUGUGCAUGUAUUUAUAACGGGCGAUAGGACCCAUCCCCAAACUGACUUUAUCUAUGCUGGUUUAAAUUCAUUGACAGCAGUUCUGCAAGAGCAUGGGUAAUGCCCCAUUGGUCUAGCAUUUGCAAACCAAGCAUAUGCAUGAAUGCAGGAUUCAGAUAGUGCAACAUUGGUUCACCAUCUUAUUUGGUACUAUUUUAGAACUUUAGGAUAUAUUAAUUGUAGAGGAUUAACUCAGGACAAAGAUUUUGGUAAACAUUGCCACUUCCCAAGACUCAGGUGGCAUCUUGAUUGUAUCUCUUUAAAUAAUAAACAAUUCAUUGAACUUA